AUGGCAUCGCCAGCAAAGAAGUGGUUUUCCAAUGAAGGCUUCACAGCAGAUGUUCUGGGCAAGCUUAUAUCCCGAACACUCCUGAGUCCCUGGAAAAUUGUCCCAAUAUUGGCAUUAGCCCAAUACACCAUCAAGGGCCGAGAAAUCAUCGAGUCACGCCCUCACCUCCUCAAAGCGCUCCGGGCCCUCGCUACCCUAGCCGUCCUAGGCCGAAUCGGCGCCUGGCUCGACCACCGCGCCAUCAACAACGGGCUAAAAGAUCACUAUGACUGGAACCGCGAAGUGGUCAUCCUAACCGGCGGCAGCGGAGGCAUCGGCCGACAUGUGGCGCAAAUGCUCGGCGAGCGCGGUAUCAAAGUUGCCAUUCUAGAUAUCACCGCGCCAGACACCGCUCUGCCCAACAGCGUGCGCUAUUUCAAGUGCGACAUCACUUCCGCGGCGGAUAUCAAAGAAGUCGGCGCCGCGAUCCGGGCCUCAUUCGGUCGGCCAACGAUCCUGAUCAAUAACGCGGGCAUUCUGACCGGUAAAACGAUCCUCGGGACGACCGAGGCGACCACGCGACGCAUGUUUGAAGUCAACACGCUCGCGCACUACUGGCUCGCGCAGGAAUUUCUGCCCGAUAUGAUUGCGCAGAAUCACGGGAUGGUGGUGACGGUUGCUUCACAGGCGGGAUAUACGACGACGCCCAAUAUGGUGGAUUACUCUGCUUCGAAGGCCGGGGCGAUUUCGUUCCAUGAGGGUCUUGCGGCAGAGUUGGUAACGAGGUAUGAUGCGCCGCGGGUGCGGACUGUGUUGGUUACGCAGGGUUUUACGAGGACGCCGCUUAUUGGGGUGUUGACGCCGGAGGAUACGUGGUUUAAUCCGUUGCUAGAGCCGGAAACGGUGGCUUGGGGGAUUGUUCGGCAGGUUCUUAGUGGGGAGAGUGGGAGUGUGGUUGUGCCUGGGUCGGCGGGUUAUUUGUGUCAUCGUCUCCGUGGAUAUCCACUGUGGCUUCAGCAUGGAUUGCGGUGUCGAUUGGAGAGGUUGGUUCGGGCUGGUAAAUAG